AUGUCUACAAGUAAACUAUUCCAGCCUAUCACUGUUGGACUCGUCCUGGCUCCUUUGACGCGACUUCGCGUAAAUCCAACGACCCUUGUCCCCUUACUACCCGUAGUGAAGGAUUACUAUGCCCAACGCGCCAAGAUCCCUGGCACCCUCCUCGUUACCGAGGGCACAAUCAUCGCACCCAAAGCCUCUGGGUAUCCUAGUGUACCAGAGAUUGUGACUGGCGAGCAGAUCGCCGCCUGGAAAGAGAUCGUCGACGGCAUGCAAUUGGGUGCUGUGGGCCGCCAGGCCCUUCCGGAUAACCUCAAAUCUCGCGAUCCCACGUUCCCCCAUGUUGGAGCCUCUGCUCUACUGCCUGCGCCGGGCGCGCCCGUCCCUCGAGCGAUAUCAAAAGAGGAGAUCAAAGAACACAUAGACUUCUUCGGUAUUGCCGCGGCGAAUGCAGUGCACAAGGCUGGAUUCGACGGUGUCGAGAUUCAUGGUGCGCAUGGGUUCCUUGUGGACGAGUUCAUACAGAGCGUGAGUAAUGUCCGGGAUGACGAAUAUGGUGGGAGUUUGGAGAACCGAGUGAGGUUCCCGUUAGAGGUUAUUGGGCGGGUGGCGGAGGUGGUGGGGGCGGAUAGGGUGGGGCUCAGGCUUAGUCCGUGGAAUCGGGGUGUAGGGAUGCGAAUGGAGGAUCCCAUACCAAAUUUUUCGCAUUUGGUCUCACGGGUAAAGGAGUUGUAUCCUGACCUUGCGUACAUCCAUGUUGUCGAGACCCGUGUGGACGGAACCGCCGAUGUGGCCCCAGAGGAUAUCAAGGAGUUCGAAACUAACGAUUUUAUUAGAAAGAUUUGGGCGCCUAAGCCAUUCAUUUCUGCUGGUGGAUAUACGAGAGAGUCAGGGAUCAUGACCGCCGAUGAGAAAGGCGAUCUUAUUGCUUACGGCAGGUGGUAUAUCUCCAACCCUGGCCUUCCCGUGAGAUUGGAGAAGAAUAUUCCACUCACGAAGUAUGAUGGCUCUACAUUUUAUGUUUCCGGAGAUACCAGUGGCGUUGGCUUUAUUGACUAUCCCUUUGCUUAA